GGACUCUGAAUCUUUGGACCGGUGCAUCCAGACUGCUCUGUCAGCCCUCUACCCUCCCUUCCAGGCCACAUCCCCGACUAUCCUCUGUCAGGUCCUCAACGUGGUGGAGAGCUGCUACAGAGGAGACGGUCUUCGCUACCUAAUCCACUUCCUGUUGCCUGUAAAGCAAUUCUUGGCGAACCUCCAGCAAGAUGCCUGUUUGCAGUACUGUGGUUUGUUGUUUCUUCACGAAGGCUGGCCCCUGUGUGUCCACGAGAAGGUAGUGGUUCAGCUCUGUCCUCUGGACCAGCGCCUCCUCCGUCCAGGAGACUUCUACCUGCUGGUAUCUCCUCCUGCUGCUGCUGCUGCUGCUCCUCCUCCACGAGCCCGCAGCACCUCCUGCAGGAAAGCUGUUCCCUCCCUCCCCCGUCUGCUCCUGUGCAGCGUGUCAGCCGGCAGCCGUCAUGUGGAGCAGCAAGAGGUGUCGGAGAUAGCCCUGCGGUCCCUCUUCAGCAUGGCCUGGCUGGACUCUGUCAACAGGGAGAGGGAGCAGCGAGGAGCGCCCAGGCUAGAGCGCUGCCUCCUCUCUGCCCAUGGAGAUGUAUUCCGUGUCCCCUGGGAGGACCUGGUCUACCCGCAGUUCAUUAGCCGGCCCCGGACCUCCCUGGAGGAGGACAAGGAGUCGUCCGUUAAGAAUGGAAAUAUGUUAAUUAACACAUCGCACAAUUCUAACGCCUCAGGACGGGGUGUAAAGCUCCUCCCAUCAUCUGCAAAAACUGACCAAUCACCAGCGAGCAGCGAGGGUGAGGAGUCGGAGGGCGAGUACGUGGAGCUGACGGAGCUCCCGCUGCCUCGCUUUUCCCCACAGAAAGGCUCCUUGACCCAGUCCAUCAGCCUGCAGCACCGAGCCAGAACCAGUACUCCCAGCGCUCCUGUUAUGACACAUACUCACAAAACCACCAACACACACUCCUCCUGGCCCUGUGCGGAGGUCAGUUCCCACGCCGGGCUUUGCUCCAUGCUCAUCGACGAGAACCUCAACCAGGACUCCUGUGGACACGUCAUCCUCGCCCCCGUCUCCUCCUCUUCUGUUCCUCCUGAAGUCGUGGGAACCUCCCACCGUCAGACGGAGAGCUGGAUGUCUCAGGAGCAAAUAGAAGGUACUGAUUCAGGCAGGAGUCUGAAGAUAAACACUGAACCUGCAAACUGCACAGAACACAGAGAGGAGGAGGAGGAGGAAGAAGAGCGAGGGAAACAGGGGGAGACAGGGGAAGAGAGGGAGGAGGGAGAGCUGAUGGAGAGGCAGGAAGGGAAGGAUGAAAUGUUAGUGUUAGCUGAUGAAGGUGAAGAAAAGGAAGAACAGGUGGAGGACACAGAGUGUAGAAAGGAUGAACUGCUGUACACACAAACUGCUGAGGAGGAAGAGGAGGAUGAGAGUGAACACACAGAGGGAGAGUUGGAUGAGGAGGGAGAUGAUGAGUUAGAGGAGGUGGAGGUAGAAGAGGAGGUUCGGGUUAUAAUUGUGCAGCAGAGUCAGGAAAGAAGGGAGGAAAAGCAAGUAACGAAAGAACAGGAGAGAGAAGGAGGAGAAGAGAAAGAAGAGGAAGAGGGAGGAUGUGAACAAACGCACACAGAUGAGAAAGUUAACUCAUGUACAAACACACACACUGAAGACUCUUAUUCUGAAACUAAUACUCAACACACACAUUGUGAAGAGCCGAACCAACAACACAAACACUCUGAGGACUCUUAUUCUGAAAACAACGCACUACAAACACACUCUGAGGACUCUUAUUCUGAAAACAACGCACUACAAACACACUCUGAGGAGUCCAACACGCCAGCGAUGGAUCAGGAUUCACUUUGGACUGAACCCGAGGGGUCUAAAAAUGGACAGGAAAAGAAGGAGACAAAGGAGGAGGAGGAGGAGGAGGAGGAGGAGUGCAGCUAUGAGGAGGUUGGUGGAGGAAGAACUGCAGAGCUUCAGACUGAAGGCCUCAGCAGUGAGCUGCUUCCUGUCCAGUCACAUGUCAGUCUGUCUACUGGUCCCAGUCCAACAGAACCAGAACUACCAGCAGCGUCUCCAGAGCAGAACCAGUCAGCUGCUCCCACAGUCCCAGUACAGCUCACCCAGUCCUCCCAGUCCAGCUUCUACAGUGUGCUGCUGAGCUCUGGAGCUGUCUGUAUGCCAGGAACCAGCGACAGGAGCGGCCGCGCUCUGCUGACCGUCUGUACCGGGAACGCCGUGUGGUCCAACCCCGACUGUGACAGCGCUGCGCUGCUCCACCUCCUGCUCUACUACACCUCCACCCUCAGGAAGGAGGCGCGAGCGUCCGGGCUGACGGUGCUGGUGGACGCCCGCAGCGCCACUCCGGUCCCCACCCUGUUCUCUGCCCUCAGGUCCCUACAGUAUCCAGACGUUCAGUCAGUCUCCGAAAUGUUCAGUCGCCAGACGUUCAGUCUCCAGAUGUUUACAGUCAUCUCCGAUGUUCAAUGUUUCACAGUCAGUCUCCAGAUGUUCAGUCAGUCUCAAGAUGUUCACAUCAGUAUCCAGACGUUUCAGUCGGUCUCCAAAUGUUCAGGUCAUUCGCCAGCGUUCAGUCAGUCUCCAGAUGUUUACAAGUCAGUCUCCAGCAGGUCGUCAGGUCUCCAGAUGUCACCAGUAGGUCGUCCAGAUGCUUCAGUCAGGUCUCCAAGAUGUUCACAGUUCAGUAUCCAGACGUUCAGUCUGAUCUCCAAAUGUUCAGUCAGUCGCAGACUUCGUCUCCAGAUGUUUUACAGUCUCCGAGAUGUUUACAGUCUCCAGGAUGUUCAGUCAGUCUCCAGAUGUUCAGUCGAGUCUCCAGAAUGGUUUACAGUCAUCUCCAUGUUUCCACAGUCAGUCUCCCAGAUGUUUACAGUCAGUUCAGACGGUUCAGUCAGUAUCCAGAUGUUUCACAGUGCAGUUCCAGAUGUUCACAGUCAGUAUCCAGUGCGUUCAGUCAGUCUACAGAUGUUCAGUCAGCCUCCAAAUUACAUUCAUUCUCCGGAUGUUUACAGUAGUCUCCGACGUUCAUCUCCAGAUGUUUCUCCAGAUGUUUACAGUCAGUCUCCAGAUGUUCACAGUCAGUCUCCAGAUGUUCUGUGUUUAAUGUAA